AGCGUGACGUGUAAUCUAGUGGACGGGGCGGGACGCUCCUUCAACAGCUAGUCAGACACCUCGGUAGCUUUCUAGCAAACAUAGCUACAACAUUCACGCUCUUUACACUGGUUUGGUGUACAUUAGUCGCUGUGUAUUAAACACACUUCUGUCGUAUGUACUUGUUGGCCCAUUUAAAUUUGAUAUUUACGUAUUUUGUCAGCUAGCUGGUUUGCUAUGUUAGCUUAGAACUAGGCUAGUCGCUAAUGCUAGCUAACAUCUCCGACCAUGAGUUCACUAAGCUACUUUCCUCCUGCUAAAGGAGAGGGGGUCUGCUGGACGGAGAAAGAACCUCUCGUGAAAGAGGAAGAGGAAGAGAAGGAUGUUACAAUACAAAAACAAGUAGAGGGUGAGGCUGUUACCGUGAAAGAGGAAGAGAAAGACGUUUCAGUGAAAGAGGAAGACGCUUUCAGAGUGAAAGAGGAGGAUUUCACAGUAAAAGAAGUGGAGGAUUUCACAGUAAAAGAAGUGGAGGAUUUCACAGUAAAAGAAGAGGAGGAUUUCACAGUAAAAGAAGAGGAGGAUGUAGUUUUUGGACUGAAAGAGGGGGAGAUGACUGUUACAUCCACAAAGGAGGAGGAAGAAGAGGAGGUUGGAGAUCUGGGCCCGGUUUCCCAAACCCAUCUUAAAGCAUCCAAUGAUUCUAACGAUGUUAACACUAGAGAGAGACGGGACAAUCGUGGAUCCUCUGGGGAUCCUCAACAAAAUCAUGAUGAUGACGAGGCAGAGAAGAGUCUCUCCACAUCAGAACUCCUCAAGAAACACCAGCAGAGACCCACAGGGAAGAAAUCUAACUGCUGCUCUGACUGUGGGAAAAGAUUCAACUCUUCAUUAAAACUUAAAAUACAUCAACGAAUUCACACUGAAGAGAAACGUUUUGGCUGUGAUCAAUGUGGUAAGAGUUUUACUGCAUCUAGCCAUCUGACUAUACACCAGAGAACACACACAGGAGAGAAACCUCAUAGCUGUGAUCAAUGUGGGAAGAGUUUUACUCGGCCAGACAGCCUGAUGGUACACCAGAGAACACACACAGGAGAGAAACCUUAUAGCUGUGAUCAAUGUGGGAAGAGUUUCUCUACAUCUGGCCAGCUGACUUUACACCAGAGAAUACACACAGGAGAGAAACCUUAUAGCUGUGAUCAAUGUGGGAAGAGUUUUACUACAUCUGGCCAGCUGACUUUACACCAGAGAAUGCACACAGGAGAGAAACCUUAUAGCUGUGAUCAAUGUGGGAAGAGUUUUAUUUCAUCUGGCCAGCUGACUUUACACCAGAGAAUACACACAGGAGAGAAACCUUAUAGCUGUGAUCAAUGUGGGAAGAGUUUUACUACAUCUGGCCAGCUAACUCUUCACCAGAGAACACACACAGGUGAGAAACCGUAUAGCUGUGAUCAAUGUGGGAAGAGUUUUACUAGAUCUGACCAUCUGACUUUACACCAGAGAAUACACACAGGAGAAAAAUCGUAUAGCUGUGAUCAAUGUGGGAAGAGUUUUACUAGAUCUGGCCAUCUGACUUUACACCAGAGAAUACACACAGGAGAAAAACGUUAUAGCUGUGAUCAAUGUGGGAAAAAAUACUCUGAUAAAAGAUCUAUGAUUAAACAUCAGAAACAUUGUUUCAUGAUAUCAAUUAAAUAAUGUCACAAUGAAGAAUGUUUUAACAUUGAAGAAGGAUUAUUUUAAUCAUGUCACAAUGCAGAACCCUAAAUGUUUGUCCCCUGUUGUAUUGAUUUCAGCAUGAUAUGGAUAUUAGCAUCAGGGGAAAACUCCAGGCCUGAAUUGGAAUAGUACUAUUUAUAUGAUUUAACAAAAAGUGACUAACAAAAAAAGAGUUGUUACACACCACGUUGGUGAGCCACUUAAAUCAAAAUGCAACACGAGCUGUUUUCUACAAAUUGUCCUCUAACCAGUGAUGUACACAUUAUUCCCAGAUUCCGUGUGGUUUUUGCUACUUUAGUUUUAACAGGACGUGCAACCUCAUCUCCAUCCUAUCGCACAAUUGAUUUCAACAUAUCGAUGAUUGAUGACAAGUAAGUGUUGUGUUCCUUAGUUUUUCGACCCCUAAAUUUAAAUGCAUCUCUCCCAAAUUGUAGCUGACUGUCUUCUGCAGGUUGUCCUCUAACCAGUGAGGUGAAAGAUAUCUCCCAUUUCCAUGUGUUUUCUUUUAGUUGUGUUUGUGUCAACAGCACGCACAACCUGAUUUCCCCCCGAAUCGAUAUCAGUGAUUUAUUGCUACUUGUCAAAACAACAGCGUUUUUGGUGCUUGUGCAAUUUAUAAGGUGCUUUUUUAAGAAAAUACUUCAUAUGAUUAUUGUGGCAGAUGUUUGGGUAGAUAGUACAUUUUAUGUUUAGGAUUUCAAUUCAUCACAAACUUUUUCUGCAUUUGGACUAUUGAUUUGGACACAUUAUUAAAACUGUGACAUUGGGGCUAUCCCACCUAGCAAAAUGUAGUUAAAAAUAAGAAUAUGCAAAAGUUGAAAAGAAAACAAUUUAAUUUCAAUGUACUUGCAGCCUAUACACAUGGACUCAGUAUAAUAAAUUGGCCUGUUGUCAAAUUGUUAAUAAAAUUGAUAUCACUCCAGUAUUUCUUUACAACAUUCAAAUGCUAAUUGUCUUUAUUCCACUACUGAAGAAGCAUGACUCGAAUCAUCUACUCAUAUUUCAAACGUCCAGCCUGACAAAAGAUACAUGUUUUAUUAUUCCAUGCCUCACCAUUUAGUUAAGUUAAUUAUUGUCAAUACAUAUUAACAGAGGGGUACAUUUGGUUUUGAUAUUUCAUAUAUACAAUUCAUGUAACAUUUAGUAAUCAGAAUUAUUUAUGCAACCACCUAACAAUUUUUGUGUACAAUUAUAUUGGAAUUGUUAUCUUGAUUUUAGAAUAUCAGGGAUCAUUCUCAGAUGUGCCAACCAAAAUGUACUAGAGCAUGAUAUUGGGGACUGGACCCCGAUCCAACAACAUACCUAUCUAGUGAACCCUGAAAAGAGAGAGAAGCUCUGCAGUUAGGUGGAAAGUUACUAGGGAUAUUGCAGGAGUUUCCUCUUGAAAUCAGACAUGUCCGUGAUAAGAACAACUUGGUUGCUGAUUGUCUCAAGCAUGGGCAGUCAAAAUGUUUUGUGUUUUGCAUUUAGCCUGUGCGUUGCCAUGGAUCACAAUUUAUCUUGACUGCACUUUUUUCCGUAUUGGAGAUGGAGUUUUGUUUGGGCUAGUUCCAAGGGGACGGGACGAGAGUUCUAGAAGCUAGUGAGUUUUAGGAAGAAGAGGUCUAGAAGCUUGUGAGUUUUAGGAUUCUAAAGAAAGAAAAACGAGUAAAAAAAUGAGAUUGUAUAUUAUUUUUUUUUUAGAAAUAAGUGUUUUUUUCUUGUUUUUAAUUGUUGACAGCCAGUAGACACCAUGUUUAUAUUGUAGAAGGUGAAGCAUUGUAGUUGAUUAUAAUGAGAAAUGAAAGUUGUUUUCUGUUGGUGGAGAGCAAACUUGUCCAACAAAAAUAUAGGAUAUAUUUGUUGUCUUAAGGUGUUACUGGCUUUGGUUUUUCCAUUUAUGUUUUGAGGUUGGACUUUAGCUCGUUAGCAUGUAGGGUGCACAGAUUGGUGACACCUCGUUAGUCAAUGUGUUACACCUGUGCUGGCUUGUCCAUCUCGUUAGGGUUUAAUAUUUUAAUCAAUGGAUUUUUCUCAGGGUCAUUAGUCUUUCAGUUCUUAUUCUUCUGUUUUUUUAUCCUCUUAUGUUUGUUGUGGCAAAUAUUUGUUCAUAUUCAUAGUUUUUUAUACAUUUUUUUCCUGUGAAGCCAUUGCGUUGCAUCCAUGUCUGAAAUGUGCUGUAUAAAUAAAGCUUGAUUUGAUUUGAA